AUGCAAACCAGCAAGGCUCCGGCCAUCAGCGUGAGCGCCGAGAGCUGCAUCCCGGCUGGGCUGCGGCUGGGUCCUGUGCCGGGCAUCUUCAAACUGGGCAAGUACCUGUCAGACCGCAGGGAGCCAGGACCCAAAAAAAAGGUGCGGAUGGUGAGAGGGGAAUUAGUGGAUGAAGCCGGGAGCUCAGCUCUGGAGUGGAUAGGGUUAAUCCGGGCUGCCCGAAACUCCCAAGAGCAGACGCUGGAGGCUGUUGCGGAUCUGCCAGGAGGACAGAUUUUCUACCGGGCGCUGCGAGAUGUCCAGCCGGGAGAGGAGCUCACCGUCUGGUACUCCAACCCCCUGGCGCAGUGGUUUGACAUCCCCGUCACGGCCACCCCGACGCACGACGAGAAAGGGGAGGAGCGGUACAUCUGCUGGUACUGCUGGAGGACCUUCAAGUACCCCAACAGCCUCAAGGCCCACGUCCACUUCCACUGCGCGCUGAGCCACGGCCGGCCCUUCCUCCACCACGACCACGGCCGGCCCUCCGCCGCCGCCUUCGGCCUCCCCGCCAAGGAGCCGCCGGCCGCCGCGCUGCGCGGCCACCCGCCGCCCGGCUGCGGCCCGCGGGAUGCCGUCAAGCGGGAGGCCGCCGCCGCCUCCCCGCCGCUCGCCAAGCCGGGGCUGCCCAAGCGGGCGGCGGGCAAGGAGCAGCAGGAGCGCGCCCUGGACAUGAGCGUGGGGGCCGCCCGCGGGCCGGGGCCGCUGCUGGGGCCGGCGGGCGGCAACGGGCUGGCGCUCUGCCCCGGGGCGCGCUCGGCCUUCCGCCCCGCCGGGCCGCUGCGGGAGGAGGCGCGGGGCGCCGCCGCCCUCGGCUUCUCCAAGCUGCUGGGGGGGCUGAAGGCGGGGCGCGCCGCCGCCGAGGCGCCGCCCAAGUGCGGGGCGCUGCCGGGCGAGGCCGCCCCCCCGGCGGCGGCGGCGGCGGCGGCAGCGGCGGCGGCGGCGGGGCUGGCGUGCGGCGGCGGGCUGCGCGCCUUCCCGCUGCUCUCGCCCCUGGAGGAGGCCUCGGCCUUCCGGCAGGUGGAGCGGGGGCUGCCCGCCGCCGCGCUGCCGCCCGCCCGCUACCCGCCGCUGCCCGGCGGCGCGCUGGAGCGCUUCGCGCUGCCGCCCUUCGAGGGGCUGAAGGCGUACGCAGGCGAGUGCGGGCUGCCGGUGAUGCCGCUCACCGUCUACAACGGGGAGCUGCUCUACGGCGCCGCGCCCUACUACCCGCUGAAGCUGCACCUCGGCGGCCUCCUCAAGUACCCCGAGUCGGUGUCGUACUUCGGGGGCCCGGCGGCGGGGCUGCACGCCGCCGAGCUGGGCUCGCUGGCCAGCAUCGACCGGGAGAUCGCCAUGCACACGCAGCAGCUCUCCGAGCUGGCGGCCGAGAAGGGCCGCGGGCGCCUGGAGGCGCUGCCGCCGGGGGCGGCGGGGGCGGCCGGCGGGAAGCCCAAGACCGGGCACCUCUGCCUGUACUGCGGGAAGCUGUACUCCCGCAAGUACGGGCUGAAGAUCCACAUGCGGACUCACACCGGCUACAAGCCGCUCAAGUGCAAGGUCUGCCUGCGGCCCUUCGGGGACCCCAGCAACCUCAACAAGCACAUCCGCCUGCACGCCGAGGGCAACACGCCCUACCGCUGCGAGUACUGCGGCAAGGUGCUGGUGCGGCGCCGGGACCUAGAGCGGCACGUCAAGUCCCGGCACCCGGGGCAGAGCCUCGGCAAGGCGGCCGAGGACAAGAGUGACUCUGGCUACGCGCACCCCGAGCAGGAGCAAAAGACUGACAACGAGAGCGACGUGGACGUCUGCUUCACCGACGACCAGAGCGACCCGGAGAGCGGCAGCCGGCACCGCGAGCAGUGA